AGGCGGAGGGACAAACACGCAUGCGCCUUGGCUCCUACAGACACAAAUCCCAGCCGCCCCUGCAGUGAAGGGAAACUAGCUAACAUGGCGGGCAAACUGGGACGGUUCCUGAAGGAUGCCUGGGCCAAGGAGCCCGUGUUGGUCGCGUCCUUCGCCAUCGGCACCACGGCUCUGAUCCUCCCUGUUUUAAGCCCCUAUACCAAGUACUCAGGCAUGAUCAACCAGGCGACCCCUUACAACUACCCUGUUCCUGUUCGAGAUAAUGGCAAGAUGCAUGACAUCCCCAGCCAUCCUCAGGAACCCGAGGGCCCUUCGCUCCAGUGGCUCAAGAAUCUGUGAAGCCUCCCUCUGCCCCCCAUCCCCCUAAUAAAUAUCCUCGUCUUA